AAGACGAACAAUCAAAAAUUCCGGAGCUACGCUCUCAACUACACUCAUAAUGUCACCCUCAAGCAUUCCCACGGUCCUAAACUUCAUAACGGGCAACAAGAACAAGCUCGCCGAAGUCCAAGCAAUUCUUUCCGGUGCCAUCGAGCUGCGGAAUCAAAACGUCGAUCUAGUCGAGAUCCAAGGCACCGUUGAAGAAGUCACAAAAGACAAGGCACGGAGAGCAGCCGAAGCGAUUCAAGGCCCUGUCCUAGUAGAAGACACAUGUCUCUGCUUCAAAGCUAUGAACGAUCUUCCGGGACCGUAUAUUAAAUGGUUCAUGCUCUCCCUUGGCGCCCCCAACCUCCACAAAAUGCUCUCCGGCUUUGACGACAAAUCCGCCCAAGCCGUAUGCACAUUCGGAUACUGCGAGGGACCAGGCCACGAAGCGAUUCUCUUCCAAGGACGCACAGAUGGCAAGUUGGUAGAAAGCCGGGGUCCAACUGUUUUCGGUUGGGACUCGUGCUUCGAGUACGAAGGCCAGACAUAUGCUGAGAUGGAAAAGAGCGAGAAGAAUAAGAUUAGCCAUCGGGCUAAGGCAUUGGACAAGUUGAAGGAGUGGCUGGCGAGCAAGAAAACUGAGGCGUAGAAGAGCAUUCUGAUUUGCUGUAGCGCCUAGAGCACAAGAACAGGGUUGAAGUGAUAGUCAACCUCACCAGAACUCUUUUAAGAAAAAACAUCGUCUUGGUAUCAUAACACAUGCCAUCGUAUCACGUCGUACCUUUUUCCUCUCUCCCUCUAGAUAUUUCCAACUCGACCUACUCUUCCCCUUCCGCAUUCUGCCUGUCUUUCCUCCACUGCUCAAUCCAUUGCUCCACCCGCUCCAAGUUGCCCUCGACGUCCUCGUUACUCUCACUCCUCAGCUCCACCACGAUCUCUUCUUUAUAGCUCUCCCUCGCCUCAUCAAGCAGGACCUGCAUGAUUUCACUAUCCAUA